UCGGCGCCGCUCUCGCCAUGCGGGCGCUGCUGCUCCCGGCGCUGCUGCUGCCGGCGUUGGCCGCGGCGCGCGGCGCCGUCACGGCGCUGGGCGAGGACCAGGUGCGGAUGACCUCGGAGGGCUCUGACUGCCGCUGCAAGUGCAUCCUGCGCCCGCUCAGCAAGGACGCCUGCAGCCGCGUCAGGGAUGGCAGCGCACGCGUGGAGGACUUCUACACUGUGGAGACGGUGAGCUCAGGGGUUGACUGCAAGUGCUCCUGCACUGCGCCGCCCUCCUCACUCAACCCUUGUGAGAACGAGUGGAAGAUGGAGAAGCUGAAGAAGCAGGCACCCGAGCUCUUCAAGCUGCAGUCUAUGGUGGACCUACUGGAGGGAACGCUCUACAGCAUGGACCUGAUGAAGGUGCACUCCUACAUCAGUAAGGUGGUGGCCCAGAUGAACACGCUGGAGGAGACCAUCAAGACCAACCUGAGCCGGGACAACAACAUCAUGAAGGAGAGCGUCCUGCACCUUGCUGACCAGAUGAAGCGCUAUGAGAACUACUCCGACAUCAUGAUCAGCAUCAAGAAGGAGAUCUCCAACCUGGGCUACCAGCUGCUGCAGAAGGAUGCUGCUGCCGCUCCCGACAGCAAAGCACAGGACACGGCAGGCAGCCGUGGGAAGGACGCGGCGCGGUUCCCUGCUGUCCGCAAGGCACUGCCUGCCCGCACACCCAAGGAGAAACCACUAAAGCCUGAGAAGCCUAAGAAGGAAAAUGCCAAGAGAGGGGGCCCACAGCCCACGGCCAAGCCCAAGCUGCCCGCACAGCAGCAGACUGUGGUGCGGGGCAUCACCUACUACAAGGCUGGGCAGGUGGAGGAGGUGCAGAGGACGGCCGGCAGCCGUGAGAGCCCUGCCAGGGUGGUGACCAUGCCCGAGCGGCAGCAGGAACGGGGCCUCGCGGACACCCCGGCUCAGCCUGGCACACGUACAGAGCCCCCACUGCCCCACACCACAGCUGCACCCAGCACUGCCCCGGCCCCACGCACCACUGCCCACAGCCCCCCUGGCAGCGCCCUCGGGGAUGGAGCUGUCAGCACUGGGGGCUCUGAAGUGCCCAACAGAGUGAAGGAGGUGGAGUGUGAAGGCACCAUCCGCUCAGUGGACCCCCCCACGGAGCACCACAGCUAUGGGCGCAAUGAAGGGGCCUGGAUGAAGGACCCAACAGCCAAGGAUGACCGCAUCUAUGUCACCAACUACUACUAUGGCAACAGCCUGGUGGAGUUCAGGAGCCUGGAAAACUUCAAGCAGGGCCGCUGGAGCAACCUCUACAAGCUGCCUUACAACUGGAUCGGCACCGGGCACGUGGUGUACCGUGGCGCCUUCUACUACAACCGCGCCUUCACCAAGAACAUCAUCAAGUACGACCUGAAGGAGCGCUAUGUGGCGGCAUGGGCGUUGCUGCACGACGUGGUGUACGAGGACACGACACCCUGGAAGUGGAGGGGGCACUCAGACAUCGACUUCGCAGUGGAUGAGAGCGGGCUCUGGGUCAUCUACCCCUCGGCGGAUGACGACUACGUGCAGCAGGAGGUGAUUGUGCUGAGCCGCCUGGACCCCGGGGACCUGUCGGUACGCAGGGAGACCACCUGGAGGACGGGGCUGAAGCGCAACGCCUACGGGAACUGCUUCAUCAUCUGCGGCAUCCUGUACGCCGUGGACACCUCCAGCCAGAAGGAGGGGCAGAUCUCCUAUGCCUUCGACACGCACACAGACACCGAGGCAGAGCUGCGGCUGCCCUUCCUCAAUGAGUACGCCUUCACCACGCAGGUUGACUACAACCCCAAGGAGAAGGUGCUCUACGCCUGGGACAACGGCCACCAGAUGACAUACCGGCUGCACUUUGUGGUCUGAGUGCUGGCCAGGGCCGCGGGGACAGCCCAGCUCCCCAAGAGCCCCCUCCACCCAGAAGCCCCACACUGUGCUGCACACUGGGGCCGGGGUGGGGGAGCGUCAGGGUGAGGGGACACGGACACCCCCACGACGUGGUGGCUGCUGGGGCCACCUCCCACCUCCGGCGGCUCUGGAAGCCUGGGGCAGAGUGAGGAGCAGAGCCCUGUGUGUCCCCACACCGGGCACCCACCCCAGCACAGAGUGGCUGCACCCAGCCUGGCCCUGCUCCUGCUGCAGCUCUGGGUGCUCUUGGCCCACCCAGGACCACGUCCUGCAGGGCGGGUGCAACUUGAGCGCUGCCUCGCUGGGAGGAACAGCCACCGAUUGCUAUUUUAGAAGACGCAAUUAAGAUGCCUUUGCUUUUGCAGCCCAUUAGCUUGUUAUUUAAAUGCAUUCACAGGAGCUGUGCGCUGGCACAGAGCAGCAUUGGUGUGACGCUCUGCCCUGCCUGAACCCAGCACCCAACACCAGACUGGGAUGGGCACGUAGCCAGGGAGCUGCAGCCUUUGUGCUCCUCCCCAGCAGGGCAUUGCUUGGCUUGGUUUCUGUCAAUUUAGAAGUGAACGGUAUUAAAAAGUAACAAAUAUAAAGCCACGUCGUCUGCCUGUGUCGUUCCUUCCGAAGCCAGGCUGGGCUGGCACCCGGCAGUUGUGCCAUGGCCGCAUCCCGCAGGCGCUGAGUGCCAGGAGCGCAGCCUGGCUUGUCCUGAGGAAAAAAAGAGGAAUUUCCAGGUCGGAGCUGCAGCCUGAGGAGGAACAUCUGGGAGCUGGGAUGGUGCCAGGAAACCUGAAUAGAGAGAACAGCUGAGCGUGGGCACAGGCGGCCACAGCUGCCCCAACCCACUGCAAAAUUUGGCAAGUGAGACGCUGCCAGGGGGCCCCGGGGGGCAAAGGGGCGAGAGCAGCCCCGGGGCAGAGCACACGUCCAGGGCACGGCUGAAGCUUCCUGCUGGGAACAGCGCAGGAUGGCACCACGCACGGGCAGCCCGGCACCGUCCCGGGGCCGCAGGACGUCCUGCCCGGCCCUGCUCCUGACCGGAUCCAACGGCCGCCGCCGGGCAGCGCAGCGCGGUGCGGCGCAUCCCCUGCUCAGCCGCCAGUCCCCGCCGCGGGAAAGGAGCCGGCUGACUGUUUUCCCCCUGGCUGGGUCCCUGCCAGGCUUUUAUCUAACGAUCCCCAGCAAAUCCCUGUCCAAACAAUACAGAUUUCUGACAUUUUUUUGCAGUAAAGUAAACUCCCAGCACAUCUCUAAUUCCAGGGCUUUGUUGUUCUUCUGCGGGGGCUGCCGUUCUGCUCUGUGCUCUCUUGCUGCACCAAUCCAGCGAUGGGUUUGGGGUUAGGGGCAUCCCUCCAUUCCCUCUGGGAGAAAAACCAGCAAAAACGAAGCAUGGCCGCACCGCGUCCCCGGCCGCAGCGCUCCCACACUGCAGGCACCCGCACGGCAUCUGUGUGCGGUGCCACCGGCACCUCCGUC